ACACAUGAUAAGAAGCAGCAUGUAACUUAAAUUUUGUUUACCGCUUUGUCACUGGUAGCGAAGUGAGAAGUGAAAAUAAAUUCUACUGCGAUAUACUUCAAAAUUUAAUUUUGUAAAAACUUCGAUAACACUUUUGUGAUGGUUGAGCGCAUUGAGGAUUUAAAUUUGCCCAACGCCGUUGUCGGACGCUUGAUUAAGGAUGCUCUGCCUGAAGGCGCGAACGUAAGCAAAGAAGCGCGUGCUGCCAUAGCUCGUGCCGCUUCUGUUUUCGUGAUUUUCCUCACUUCUACAUCAACAACGCUGGCACAUAAGCAGAAUCAUAAAACCAUUACGGCGGCGAAUAUUUUAGAUGCAUUGAAACAACUAGAAUUCGAAAACUUUGUUGAUCCGUUAACCUCUGAUUUGGAGUCCUAUCGUAAAGCCAUGAAAGACAAAAAGGAUAAAGCCAAACCAACUACAUCGGCAGCUGCUAGCACCAUCGCCGUUGCCAGCGAUAAAGAAAUGGAAACCGAGAAGGUGUCGUAGAACCCCACUAUUUUCUUUUACUAUAUUGGAUUUUUGCCCAAAUAAAUGUAUGCACAUA